UUCAGAAAAUAGGAACAAGAGAAGAGAAAUUACGAAGUUCCAUUUUGUGUUCAUUAUAAAUACAGAAGCAAGAAAGGAAUACAAAGGAAGACGAGGAGAGUGAUGAAUCCAACUGAUCCACCACGGGCCAUGGAUUGUUCAAUAAUCCCAGUAUUUCAGGGGAUGUAUCAAUCUUAGAUGUAAAUGAUGAGAGAAUGUUGUGUCAGAUGGGAAGAGGAAAAAAAAAAAAGAAGCAGAGUUCUGCUCCUCGUCCUGCAUGUUCUUGGGUAUAUUUUAGGCUACAAAGGCUGCAUCUGAUGCUUGGAAGUUGAUGAGCACCGAGGAGAAAGAAAAUACACUCGACGAGCUUGUGAAGUGGAUAAUUACUUGAGCACAGCUCCGGCUCGUAUCCCUAAGCCGAGGAAGCAGACUAAAUAGUCACAAGGUGCUCUCCUGGCCGCUUAUUCAAUGUGCUACAACGCCUCACACCUGAGCAAAAAGCUGCAGUGAAGAGCGUGGGAUUUGGUAGUCUACUUGGUUUGAGAUGUCGCACCCUGCGAUGCAGUUUAUGUCUUUGGUUGUUGGAGAGGUUUAACACUGCACGGUGCAGCUUGGAGAUAUGUGGGGAGCGCAUUCCUUUAUCCCCUAGAGAUGUAGAGCAUGUGAUGGGACUGGCAGCUUGUGGGAAGGAUGUAGUAAAUUCAGGUUCUGAUGACUUGAUAGCAGACUUGCGUCAAAGUUAUAAUGCUACUAACCGUGGGAUUUCAGUGCGGCUUCUUGAAGAACGGUUGGCUGCUCCAGAAGCAGGAGACAAUUUUAAGAGAUCAUUUAUCCUUUAUGCAUUGGGUACACUUUUAUCCCCAACAGCAAGACUGGAUGUUAGCCCAUCAUUCCUCCAUUUUUUAAUUAAUAUGGAUGUUGUGCACCAGUAUAAUUGGGGAAAGUUCUUGCUUGACCGGCUUGUUCGGGAGGUAUCUCGCUUUCGUCAAGGGAACCAGCGGGCUGUUGGUGGAUGCCGUCUUUUUCUCCACCUGUUCUAUUAUGAGAGCAUCUCAAUUGAGGGAGCUGGAUCUUCUACACCAAUUGCUGUUCCAUGCCUAUCUUCAUGGGGAGGAGAGAUAUCUGAAAGAGAAAAACGAGAAAGAGAACUCGGUGGUUAUGGGUGCGGAGAGGUGAUUAGCAAGGAGGAUAAUCAUGAUAUGGAAUCGCUAGAAUAUAGAAUCCAAGUGAAAGGCCUAUCGGGGGGAAAAAUGAGCACAGGAGUUCCCAUCUUUGAGCAGGAGAGGACUCAGGCUGAUGAAGAACAAAUGAACGGGGAUUUCAGCAUGGAGGAGGUAUGUGUGGCGAAUUUCGCAAGGAGUAAAGGCGUUGAGUGUGGCGACGUGGAUGUAAUUGUUGAACCCAAUAGAAGACCGUGCGGUAACAAAGAAUAUGGCUGCAGUGAAAUCGUGGAUUACGUUAGGAAAAAUGAUCAUGAAGAAAACUGCACGUUUGCACCGUGCGCUUGCCCACUUCUGAAUUGCAAUUUCAUUGGCUCGUCCGAACAAUUGUCACUUCACUUUGGUAACAAACACUGGGAUUCCGGUAGACGUUUUGGGUACGACAUCCCCUUUCCCAUAUCCUUGGGGAUGAACGAACGGUUCCUUGUUCUGCAAGCCGAAGAGGACGGUAUUCUCUUCGUCCUCAACUCAAGUGUCAAAAGCAUUGGGAAUAUAGUGACGAUAACUUGUGUUGCCCCAAGCUCAUCAAAGUUGCAUUUUUUGUAUGAUAUUGUAUGUGGAAAAGGAAUAAGCUCUCUUAGAUUAAAGUCGUCGACCGAUAACUUUCUGGGACGAGUCAAGGGUUUUCCGCCUAUGGAUUUCCUUCUAAUCCCUUUCCGAUUCCUCGGUCCCUCGGGGGAGACCAGUUUAGAGGUUUGCAUAUGGAGCUCUGCAGAACUUGGUUCAGAUUGCUCUUGCUCAAUUUAG